AUGGUCGCUCCGUCCUAUAACAAGAAGAAGAGCGCGCUGGUAAAGAUUACGAAAGGAAACGCGCUGUCCAAGAAGAAGAAAAUAGCGCUUAAAAAGAAACACGAUAAAAACAAAACGCUGCAAUCGGGGAAAAUGAGAACUGGGAAGGCGAAGAGAAAGGCUUUGAGAAACAGUCGAAGAGCGGAACAGAAUAAGAUCGACGAUGCUAUUCGAAAGAGCAAGGAAAAUGGUGGUGUGGACGAGAAGGACGUAGAGAUGAAAGAUUUCGAUUAG